AUGAAGACUACCAGCUUCCUCGCCGCCGGCCUUGCGGCUUCCGGUGCUGCUGCCACCAGCAAGCUCACCCCCGAUGCCAUUGAGAAUGACAUCCGCACAGACAAGCUCCAGAAUGUCCUCUGGAACUUCAACAAGAUCGCCCGUGACAAUGGCGGGAACCGUGCCUUUGGCUUCCCCGGUUACAACGCCUCGCUCGACUUUGUCCUCGAGCGCGUGCAGACACGCUUCGGCAAGCACCUCGACACCUUUGUCCAGCCCUUCACCCACCUGUUCGCCACGACAUAUGAGAUCUCCGUGACUGGCCCUGACGGUGACCUGGAGAACAUCCUCACCCUGCAAUACAACAACCCCACCCCAGAGGGUGGUGUCACCGGCGAGCUCGCCGCCUUGCCCAUUGACGACGAGCGUGGCUCCGGCUGCUUCGCCGACCAGUGGGAGGGGACCGAUGUUGAGGGCAAGAUCGCACUCAUCAAGCGUGGCGCUUGCGCCAUCUCGGACAAGCUGAGGCUGGCCAAGAACAACGGCGCCAUUGGCGCCCUCCUCAUCCACAACGUGCCUGGCGACUCUAUCACCGCCGCCACCCUGAGUGCGGAGAACUAUGGCCAGAUCUCCCCCGUCGCUGUCAUCACCCUUGAGCAGGGUCUCGCCUGGAAGGAGGCAGUCGACGCUGGCGAGACUAUCGAGGUCCACCUCCUCGUCGAUGCCACUGCCGAGGACCGUGAGACCUGGAACAUCAUCUCCGAGACCAAGGAGGGCGACGCCGACAAUGUCAUCAUGCUCGGUGCUCAUCUCGACUCCGUCCAGGAGGGCCCUGGUGUCAACGACGACGGCUCCGGUUCCGCGGCUCUGCUCGAGCUCGUCGGCUCGGUCAAGAAGUACAAGGGCUUCAACAACAAGAUCCGCUUCGCCUGGUGGGGUGCGGAGGAGAGCGGCCUGGUCGGUUCCACGUACUAUGUCCAGAGCCUCUCCGAGGAGGAGAAGGACAAGGUUCGCUUCUACUGGAACUACGAUAUGAUCGGCUCCCCUGAGCCCUUCUUCAACGUCUACGCCGACGACGAUGCCGACAAGACGGGCGGCAAGUACAUUAUCGACUACCUGACCGAGAAGGGUUUCCCCGCCGAAUACGCUGCCUUUGGUAGCUCCUCCGACUAUGUUGCCUUCCUCGAGGCUGGCAUCCCCUCCUCUGGCAUCUUCACGGGCGCCGGAGCUCCCCAGGAUGCCUGCUACCAUCUCGCCUGCGACGACAUUGACAACAUCAACUACGAGGCGCUCACAGCCAACGCAAAGGCGGCCGGUCGUGCCCUCGCCGAGCUCGCCAACGACCUUUCCGAGGUGCCCCCUCGCGCCACGUCGUCGGUGAACCCCUCGAGCAAGCGUGGUGUCGCCCGCGAUCUCACCAAGUGGAAGCGCGUGGCUGCGGGCGUCGAGAAGCACCACUCGUGCGGCGGCGGCAAGAAGAACACUGUAUAA